CUUAAAACAGUGCUGCGAGAUGAAGCACAAAGGGAUGCAAAACGUUCUUCUGAAAAUCUACAAACGGCUUUAAAAAAGACAUGGCAGACAAAAAGACGUCUUACGACGAAAUUAUCAACAAAGGUAAAUGUAAAACAGGAGAAAAUAACUGUCACCCACAUGCCACAUGCCUUCGUAAUGGAGCUGAAGGCCAAUCAUUUAGAUGUGAGUGUAGACGUGGAUGGAUCGGAAAUGGUACCUAUUGUGAAAGACCAAUUAAAGCUGUAGCAAUAAUAUCAGAUAGCCCUAAACCAAUCGGUGAGGAAGUUUCCUUCUCGGCGUUUACAGUAUCGGGAACAAAUGUUGAGUACAAGUACAGUUUUAACACUGCUUUUAGCCGGUACGGUGUCUCAUCACACGUUUUCACCUCUCCAGGAGUCUAUGCUGUGGACGUCUGGGCGCAAAAUGAUGUCAGCAAUUCCUCAGAGAGCGCAAUUGUUGUUAUCCAGGCUCCAGUCACGGAUAUCAGCCUUCGCAUAUUGGGAGAUUUCAAGCCUUGCCGUGCUGUACACUUUAUUCCAGCAGCUACUGGAACAAACGUCUCCUUUGAUAUUGACUUUGGAGAUGAGAGCUUAAAGCGCAAUAUUACUGGAUCCGUAUCACAUUAUUUUUCACGAUCAGGAGAAUUCGUUAUAAAUGUAACUGCUAGCAAUCUUGUUAGUUCUAUCACUAAAAGAUUCCUGGUGAACAUCUCAUCCUCUCCUUGUGAUCAGCUUUUCUGUGAUAUUUGGAAGGUAGAGACAAUGUUUCCAUUUGAAACUCCAGAAAAAAUAGCCUCACUAGUGUGGUCAUUUUUGCACUCUUUAAAGGCAGGUCCACGAGAGAAACGCUAUGCCAGGAUUUGGAAAUUUUUGUCUUUCUUCCACCCUAUUCCUUACAAAACUUUAAAAACGUUAACGACAGGAAAUUUUUCAAGAACUUUGACAGGAUAUUACAGUUUUAAUGGAUCCUUUAUUGAGUUAGACUUUAUCAUGGCUGGAUUUCUUUCGUCCAAGGUUGCACAUCUAUCUGGAGUCGAAAGCAGCUUUUUACACCCACACAUCAGAGAUCCCAUCGAAUUGUUUACUUGGAUCUCCUCCGUACUAUUAAGCACAGAAGAGUUUUUAAACACGUGGAGUUUCUCGCAAACGAGACAAGAAUAUUGCCAAAAUCGACUUUCCAUGUCAACGAUCAAUAGUGCUCUUGAUGGCUAUAUUUUCGGUGCACAAAUGGCUGAUUUUCCUAAGAAUGGAAAGCUUUCAAACUUUCUAUUUGAUUAUUAUUGCCCCUCAAGUUCCGAUGUUACAUUCAGCUGGGAAACGAGGUAUAGAAGAUUUCUAAACCUUUCGAAAACGCCAGACGAUAAUAAGAUCUGGGAUCCAGUGAUACUCCCUUCUAAAUUGUCAAAGGCAACUUCCAGCUUGAAAGGUUUUGUGUCUCCGAUAAAAGAGUUUUGUUUGAGCACUUUUCUGGACUUAGUGAGGUUAGGAGCAAAUAUAACAAAUCUUGAAAGCGAGGGAAAUGAAGAAAGCAUCUGCGAAACUUAUAUCACUUGCCAACAAUGCAUUUUUAGUGGAGCGAGUAGCAGCUGUUUUUGGUGCGAGAGCUCGAAUGAAUGCCUUUCGAAAAAGUCAAAAAACCAAUGUAGCAAAAAUCACACAUUUUUUAAACUUCCAUGUAGUGAAACGUGCCAGCUUAGUCAAAGAUGUUCAGACUGUACUGUGCGAAAAGGGUGCGGUUGGUGUCAGUCUCUGUUGUCCGAUGAGGGACCAGCCUGUCAUGAAGGUGGUCCACAAGGACCACGAUCGCCAGCUUUGUGCAACUCGGUGGAGUGGUACCAGGGAACUUGCACCUCUACUUGUCCUGUAAGCCAUGGACAUCUUUGUAACGGUAAAGGAAUCUGUAGAGGUGGUAAAUGUUACUGCAUUCCAGGUGUCUAUGGAGAUGAUUGUUCCAAAGAUGGCUGUGUCUACACGGCGCAAGAAAACGAUACAUUUCAGUUCAUAUCUCGCAGGUUUAAGCUAAAUGGAACUGACAUUCAAAUGGCAAACAGAGCAGACAAAGGAGAUUCCACCUUGGCCUUCAAUUUUCAUGUAACCAUACCGAAUAUAGGGACACCACAAGACUGUCAAAAUCGUGCUACAAGUUCGAGUUUUCAUCCUCUGUUCCCAAGAAUGCUACGCAUCGGUGUGAAUAGGGCCGGACUACAUAGCUUUUGUGGACUUUUUGGAUCUUUAGCAUCUGAGCGGAAGGGAAUUCCCACUUGUGAUAUGAUUUUGAGUAGAGAACAAUGUCUACGAACUGAAAGAUGUGCUUGGAAUGUCAAGGAGCCAUGUACUGGUAUGUUGUUGAAAGGCUGCUUUGAGAUAACGAAGUCGCUUGACGUACUUGUACAUCAGUCAUCAGUUAUCUCUUCACCAAUUUCUGGUAACGUAAACAUUACAGAGGACAGUCUGCAGAUUACUGGCUGGCCUAAAAGUGAAUGGGAAGGUUUUUCUGUAACAGUGUCCCACUUAAAACCCUUUAAUAUCACCAGUGUACAUGGUGGACAGAUUAUUGGGACAACGCUCUCGAGAAAUGAUUCUUUAUUACCUGAUUUCGUUAGAGUCAAGGUUGUGCACGAUGGUGCCUUAAAAGAUCCUUUGCCUUACUUACUUCCUUGCAGCCCCGGCUGUUCUCAAGUAAUACAUUUCUACAAUGGAAUCUGUGACCAAGAUUGUAACACAACAGAAUGCAGUUACGACAAUGGUGAGUGCAUAACAACGCAUUUCAAUUUAUCUGGCUUCUCAGUACACUCUGGAGGUAUAAAUGACAUAUUUGCUGACACUUCAGUUAGGUUGCUACACCGCCUAAAGAAAAUAACUGGAGAGAAGGAUAUCCUUAUUGCACGUGGACCACUAAGCGUCUUUUCCUUAGCAAAAGAGGUUGUACUCGAAAUACGUAACUGUGAUGAUCUGCAUUCCUUACUUAUUUUUCAAAGCUACAGGCGCCCAGUUGUAAAAUUUGUGGAAAAUGUGAUAUCUCAGAACGCAUCAUUGGAAAAAAUCACAUUGUUAACCGCCGAAAAACUCAUCGAGCUUGGAAUUGAUCAAGUAUCACCAUAUGGUAGAAAUGGCGGCGACUACGAUAUUGCUGAGAUUACAACGUCAUCACUUCGAAAUCAAACAAGAUUCAAAGUGGGAUUAGCAAUACUUUCCGAAGCUAGAUUGUUGGAUUUCGCCCUUGUUGAAAACGAAAGCUCCAACGGGGAGACAUAUUUUCAUAUCAAGAUUUACCGUCAAAAGUCUGUCUUACGCAAGUUAAACGACUACGACCCAUCUUUGUAUUUAUCUACUGAGUGCAGCUCGUUGUCUUGGUGCUCUGGUCAUGGUAUUUGCAUGGUAAACGGGAGUUGUCAAUGUGAUUUUUACUAUACAGGAAAAAAGUGUCAGAUAAACAACUGUCCAAGUCAAUGCUCUGGUCACGGUACUUGUAUCGAUGGUGUAUGUGUAUGUAACUUUGGAUGGGAAGGAUAUGAUUGCUCUAAAGUUAAAUUAUGCACUCUGCUUUGUCCAGAACAUUGGAUUGGCGAUGGCGUUUGCGAUCCGAGCUGCAAUACACCUAUGUGUUUACACGAUAAAGGAGACUGUCAGGAUAUCUGUGUUUGUCCAGAUACAUGGCUUGGAGAUGGAUUGUGCGACCACACCUGCAACUCCACAAGCUGUGACUACGAUGGUGGUGACUGUGCGAAAAAGGAGUGCAGUCCUGGUUGCGCUUCAGAAAUCUUAGGAGAUGGCAUUUGUGACCAUCAGUGCAACACACAGCAAUGCAGUCUAGAUGACGGCGACUGCCUCUUCGCCGCAACCUGUUCUUGCAGCCAGGACAUUCAGGGAGAUGGUGUUUGUGAUGAUGAGUGUAAUAAAGCGUCUUGUAUGUACGAUUACGGAGAUUGCACUUCGCAGGUUCUAAGCGAUGACUGCCCUCAGUCGUGUUCUCCUCCUAUGAUCGGAAAUGGAUUUUGUGACGUUUUUUGCAAUGUGUCGUCUUGUAAAAUGGAUGGAGGAGACUGUAAUCCAACAGCUACUGCAAUGCGUCUUUGCUAUGAGGGCUGUCUUCCUCGUUUUCUAGGUGAUGAGGCAUGUGAUUCUGCUUGCAAUGUGCAGGCAUGCAACUUUGAUAAUGGUGACUGUCCGACACCCAUCGUUCAAGAGUGUGCUGCUGAAUGCCAGGUGGACAUGGUAGGAGAUGGUAUCUGUCAAUCAGAAUGCCAAGUAGAAGAAUGUUCUUUUGAUGCCAGUGAUUGUCAGUGUUCUCAAGGAUGCUCAAACACAUCAAUAGGAGACGGAGUGUGUGACAUGGCAUGCUUUGUAGAAUCUUGCGACUACGAUAAAAUGGACUGCAUGUGCUCUUCAAGUAUAUGUCCGAAGGAAUACCUUAGUAAUGGUCAAUGUGAUAAAGAAUGCAAUAAUAGAAUAUGUGACUUUGAUGGUGGAGAUUGCACUUGUGCGGAAGGUUGCGCUCUAACCUCGAUCAAUGAUGGUUCUUGUGAUCCAGCUUGUGAUACAAAAGCCUGUAAUUUUGACGGCUUGGACUGUGGGGGCUGUGAGUCAGAGUCCCACCUCGACAUCUGCGACGAAAAUGCUGAUUGUAUGACUUCAAAUGAUUCUUUGCCAUACGUAAAAUGCCGUUGCAGAAAUAGCUUUUAUGGAGAUGGCUUUUCUUGUGUGAAAAGAGGAAAUUGCUUUAAUGAUAGCAACAUUUGCUCCGAAAAUGGCCAAUGUAUCGAAGGUAACGGAACAUUCGAGUGUUACUGCAACGAAGGUUGGGUUGGAAAUGGCAUUUUCUGCGAAAAUGUGGAUGAAUGCAAAAAUAAUUACGACAACUGUGGCGUUAAUGCAAACUGUUUAGAUGUACCUGGGAGUUACAAAUGCGUUUGCGAGGAAGGAUGGACUGGCGAUGGCUACAACUGCACGGAUGUCAAUGAAUGCGAGUCCAAUAGACACUUGUGCUGUGGAAAUGAGAACUGUUUCAAUACCGAGGGGAAUUAUACCUGCUCGUGCAAACAUGGAUGGCGAAAAAAUGACACCUACAGAUCAGCAGCACAUGGACAAUGUUACCUCGAUAUGAAUCCUGUUUGUGUUGACAUAGAUGAAUGCUUUGAGGACAGACACAAUUGCUCUACAUAUGAAAACCAAGCUAAUGCAAUCUGCACCAAUGCUAUUGGCGGUUUUAAAUGCUCUUGUGAAGAAGGAUGGGAAGGUGAUGGUUAUUUUUGCUUUGACGUCAACGAAUGUUUAAACGAAUCUGUUUGUCCUACCAACCAGAAAUGUCAUAAUUUGCCUGGUAAUCAUUCUUGCCAUUGCAAAGAUGGCUUUACAUUGGAGACCUCUACGAAAGAAUGCCAGGAUUUAGACGAGUGUGCUCUUGGUUUGGCUGCCUGUGACCCAUUUGCGUUUUGUACGAACUCAUAUGGAAGUUUCAAAUGUGAAUGCAUGGAAGGAUUUGAGGAUAAAAAAAGGGUAUGCACGGAAUACCAAUGUGGAAAUCAGACAAACAACGAGACUCAUUCGGUUGGGAUAAACGUUACCUAUACUACUCAAGACGUCUGUACUUGCAUUGGAGAAUUUUUAAACACUGGGAAAUCUUGCAUGGAUAUCGAUGAAUGUUCGUUAAAAAAAUUUGACUGUCCUGCUUCUGCCCCGCUGUGUCAGAAUUUGCUUGGUGGAUAUGAAUGCAAAUGUGAUGCCGUGGACAACUCAUCGUGUGAUCCUGUAAACCCAUGCAAUUCCAAUAAAAGCAGAUGUGGUCAAAACAUGACUUGUAUAGCAGUGGGUGUGGAACACUACUGUGUAUGCCCCGAUGGAUUUACUCAAGAUGAAAAUGGAACUACGUGUGUUGACAUUGAUGAGUGUCUCAAUCCACAGUUCUAUGGCUCCUGCGAGGAAAACGCUGAUUGCGUUAACCGCAAGGGAAGCUUUGAAUGUAGAUGUCGUUCGGGAUACUUUCAGAGCGGAGAUGCUUGUUUCGAAAUUAAUGAAUGUGAAGGAACCAUUACUAAAACGAUUGCAGGUGGCCUGGAGGAGUGCAAAGCCGGUGUCUGUUCCUCCACGGAAGCUUGUAUUUUCCGUAACAAUUCCAGAGAUUCAGUCCGUGACUCCAACACUACCUUGGUUUGUGCCUGUGAUCACAGCGACAGCCAACAAAUAGAAUGCAUCGAAGCCACUGUGCAGGUAAUUCAGUCUGGGGAGAGUAUUUCCAGUCUUAUUUCGAUUCCUUGGUACGCAACAGGUGCUUCAAGUGCAAAUAUCAGCAUUACCAACCAAACCUUUCAUAACUGUUCGAAAGAAAUGAUUUGCAAGAACACGGCAGGAUCAUAUGAGUGCACAUGUCAAGAGGGAUACCACAUCGAUAGAAGUAAAUGGGCCUGUCAAGAUACCGACGAAUGCUUCACAAAUAAUACUUGCCAUUCAAAUGCUUCUUGUCUUAACACUGUCGGGUCAUUUUACUGCAAGUGCAAUUCUGGAUUUGCUGGGGAUGGACUCACCAACUGCUCUGAUAUAAAUGAAUGUUCUUUGAAAAUUGGAAACUGUACUCUAAAGUCCGUAUGUAUCAAUACCGUUGGUGGCUACUUUUGUGCAUGUGAAAAUGGUUUUCAACGGAACGGAACCUUGUGUCAAGAUGUAGAUGAAUGUUCAAGCAUAGACUUCAAUAAUUGUCACCCAAGAGCGUCCUGUGGCAACUACAUCGGUGGUUAUAAAUGUAGUUGUAUGUCGGGUUACACGGGAGAUGGCUACAGCUGCUCAGACAUUGAUGAAUGCAAAAGCGACUCUCCUUUCUGUGGAGUUCAUGCCUCUUGUUAUAACACCCCUGGUUCUUACGAAUGCAAGUGUAACCCAGGAUGGACAGGCAGCGGUACAAACUGCACAAACAUCGACGAAUGUUCUCAUGGGUCACACACUUGUAUUGAGAACUCAUAUUGCACAGAUAAUCAAGGCAGUUACACAUGUACAUGUAUGUAUGGGUGGAAACGUCAGUGGUUUGAACCAUACGGGAGAUGUUCCAAGUGCGAUCCAAACGCCCUCUGCUCAAGUCAUGGAAAGUGCUUACGAAAUGGUACUUGUGAUUGCCUUAGGCAUUAUCGAGGAGCUAACUGCUCAGUAUGCAUGUCAGAAGUCAGAUGCUCAGGCCAUGGGCACUGUGACUUUGACGGGAAGUGCUAUUGUGACCAUGGCUGGACAAGGCAACCACUCGACUGCAGCAUUUGUUCACCAGAGACUCUCUGCAGUGGUCACGGGACGAGUAACUACGACUACGAAACCUACAAAAACAAGUCUUGUUUUUGCAAUGACAAUUUCUUUGGACAAAAUUGCAGCAAAGCAUGCCCCAUUGUGGAAGGUGAAGUCUGUGGACUACAUGGCUUUUGCAAUCGUGAUCCUUCUUCUCUCCUUCCGUGUGUUUGCCUCUCGGGAUAUCAGUGGAAUAGCACUUCUGUUAUAUGCGAGGACACUGAUGAAUGCCUUCUUGGCUCUCAUGAAUGUCUUCCGCCCGCGCAAUGUAUCAACACACCAGGGUCCUAUCGCUGUGAAUGCCCCACUCUUGUGGGUUGGUCCUUCGAUGGCAAAACCUGCAACGACACUGAUGAGUGCCAAUACCCAAAUGUCUGUGAUUCUCAGGCCACCUGCAUUAACUUCCCGGGGGGAUUUAACUGCAGUUGCAACACUGGAUGGCGUGGAAAAGGGGCACAUCCCAUCUGUUUUGAUAUAGACGAAUGUGCUGAAGGAACAGAUAGAUGUCCUGGUCCAUCCAAAUGUGUCAACACCCUUGGAAGUUAUUACUGUAUCUGUGAUCCAGGCUGGGAGAAAGUUUCGGAGUUUGCGUGUAAAGAUAUCGACGAGUGUAGUCUCGGAGUUGAUGGAUGUGAUCCCAACUCUGCUUGUAUUAAUACAGCAGGAAGCUGGCAAUGCACAUGUAAUAGCGGGUAUUACCCAGAUCCAUCAGAUGCGCGCUUGCCUAUAUGCAAAGACAUCAAUGAAUGCGUCCAGAAUGCAAAUGCAUGCCCAGCAGAGUCACUAUGUGUCAAUUACGCAGGUUCAUACCGAUGUAACUGCCUGUCCGGAUGGAGAAACCAAGGUCCUCAUAAAUGCGUUGAUAUUAACGAGUGUUCUGAAGGAUCUCACAGCUGUCCAUUAAACUCGAGAUGUGUUAACAUUCAAGGGUCGCACCAAUGUCAUUGCAAUUCUGGCUUCACCCCUCCCAUUACAACAACGACGUGUCAGGAUUUAGACGAGUGCACAACAGGACGCCAUUCAUGUUCCUCGUUUGGCAACGCCUACUGUGUGAAUACCAUUGGCUCUUAUACUUGCCGGUGUUACAAUUGCUAUUACAUGUCUGGCAGUAGCUGUAAAUCUGACUGCCGUCUUGAAACUCAGUACUACUACACAACCGUCUAUACCUCUUAUAGAAGUUACUAUACCACAAGUUGCGGUUUUCUUGGUUUAAGAAGGUGCAGAAGGUCAAGGACAAGAUAUAAGACCAGAGCUGCAUUACAAAGUCAUGAUGUUUGGGUUGCAAACCGUGCGGGAGCGGUCUGUCCUUGCCGCUAAUUAAGAACUUACCAUCGUCGUUGAUUAAAGCAAUUGCUGUGUAGUUGAAAUUAAGAAUUGUAGUUUUUCAGAGAAAGAUAUUUUGGGAUUUUUCGAUAUAUUUAGAAUUCGAUUUUUCUUUAGUCUUCAUUAAUCUUUUGUACUUUCUGGUAGCGCAAGGUUCACAACUGCGAGUAUGGAUGUUUUCUUAAACUGGGAGUUAUCGGCUUUAAAGUAGUGGUUAGCUCUUAAGGUUGUUUUUAUUCGGUCAUUUGUGGCUCAUCUCGUAUAUUACACAGGUAUGACGUCAGAUAUCAAGGUUAAGGAAACACAACCAUAUUAUAAAAUAAGCGUUAAGCCUUUUUUGGUAAUAAUAGUGGACGUAGGAGUGAAAGUCGGAGUUAAAGAUUGAGUUGUAGUUGGAGUUAGCAGACGUUGUAACAGCAAGGAAGUCGAACAAUAAAGAAGCAUGAAGCUGUAAGUGAUCCAAGGUUCGGGUACCUUUCCCUCAGUUUGCCUAAGCUAUCUUCCCCUUAAUGUCCUGAGUCAAUGUCCAUAUUAAAUCGCGCAUUCCACUUUCCGCAUUUCGAGUGAGCUCUGUCUUUAAUACAAAUCUCUAUGAGUACACGAUCUAAGAAAGUUUUAGGGACAGUACAUGCAUCUGCUGCUAUAUACUUUACAGUUCCUGGACGAACCACAUGAAAAAACUAUUGAUGUUAAAGAUGAAAUUUGUCGCAAAGGGAAUUUUUUUAUAAUGACAUGAACUAAAUUUUGUUAACUUCUUUUAAACCAUUAUU